AUGACGGUAUGCAUAACUCUUGGGGCAGUAGCCCUGACUCCUCUACUAACAAAGAUAUUGGGAGGGACUUACGUCCCUGUGGAUGCUGCCAAACAGUCAAUCAGCACUACGGCCUCUAUUCUGUCAUCUGUAGGUCGUUGUUCCUCCAAUUUUGUUAGUGUAUUCUCUGAGAAUAUUGUCCGUCUCAAAGCUUCAAUGGUUGCUGUAACAUUGCCGGCUGAUCUGUCUCUAAUGGCUCAUGCUUAG